UUUUUCAGAAUGUCACUGUGGUAAAAACACGGCUUCUUGCUUCUUUGACAGAAACGAAAGAAAUAUUUGCAUUUGCCGAGAUGGAUUUGCUCAAAGAAAUGGAACUUGUUCAAAAAUAUGCAGAAGUAGUGCAGAGUGUUUAAAUGGAGGGCAAUGUUCAUCAGAUGGACACGAAUCCUUCUGCAAAUGCAUGUCACCUUAUACAGGAGAUCGAUGUGAAAUCAAUGAAAUAUGUGAAAGUAUGAAUGGCGCUUGCGAUAGCAUUGGAGGAGUUUGUCAUUACAUUCAUUCCAUUAAACAAGGAUUCUGCAUAUGCCCUCCAAACAAGAUUUUCAAAGAAGAUUUAAAAAGAUGUGAAGAUAAAUUCGAAGUCACGUCGAUAUUUUUCAUAAUUCUGUGCUUAUCAACAGUGUUACUUCUAUUGUCAAUAGUGAUCCUAAUCAUUUUGCUAAAAAAAUUUAGAAAGAAGUUGGAAAGCUUAAAUGGCAAGUCACCUUAGAGGACUAUGAAUAUUAUGAACUAUUUUAUAUUGGCACUAUUUAUUGUAAAUAAAUAACAGUUUUUUAA